AUGAGUUCCGAACGAGCGCCACUACUUGAGAAUGGCGCAUCACUGAUUUAUGCCACAGAUGAGGGAAGGAAGACUACCGUGACAUAUGACAAUUUCCAUUGUCACGAUGAAGCAGAGUCGACAGAUUCACAUGACAGCAAUCAGCGAGCAACACGAAUUUUAUGGCUAACCGUUGCUCUCUGUCUCUUUUUUAUGGUUUGCGAAGUUGUUGGUGGUGUUCUCGCUGGUUCACUUGCAAUUGUCACAGAUGCCGCACAUUUGCUCACUGAUUUUGCGUCGGUGCUCAUUUCGUUGUUCUCUCUAUACAUCGCACGACGGCCACCAUCACAAACAAUGAGCUUUGGGUUUCAUAGAGCUGAAGUUCUCGGAGCAUUCUUCUCAGUUUUCCUUAUCUGGAUAGUGACAGGCCUACUGGUGGUUCUUGCUGUUAUGAGAAUUAUCAGUGGAGAUUAUGAAGUGGAAGGUGGAAUCAUGGCUAUAACUGCUGCUCUAGGAGUCGUUGUGAACCUAGUAAUGCUUGCUCUUUUAUACUUUGGUGGUCAUUCCCAUUCUCACGGAGGCGGUAGUUCACAUUCCCAUGGACAUUCUCACGGGGGAAAUGGUAAUAAUAUCAAUGUCCGAGCCGCUUUUAUUCACGUUCUUGGUGACCUUUUGCAAAGUUUAGGUGUUCUGGUGGCCGCCCUCUUUAUCUACUUCCAGCCAUCAUGGGUGAUAAUCGACCCGAUUUGUACGUUGUUGUUCUCAGUUAUUGUGUUAUGCACAACUAUUUAUAUUCUCAGGGAUGCAAUGAUUGUUCUUCUAGAAGGAAGACCAAGUAACAUUGACUUUGCAAAAGUAUUUACUUCCCUUGAAGACAUUGAAGGCGUCAAAAAGGUCCAUGACUUGAGAAUAUGGUGUUUGACAAUGGACAAGAUUGCCCUCUCCGUCCAUCUUGAGAUUGAUUCUAAUAGUCAAUCUCAAAGCAUUCUACGCGAAACUCGAAAAAUGCUAAAGCAGACAUAUAAUGUACAUGAGAUCACAAUUCAAAUUGAAGAAUUCGGAGCAAAUAGAUCGGAUUGUGAUAAAUGUGAACCAUUGAAAUAA